AUGUGCUUUACCAAGAAGCACAAGAAGGGCCUGAAGAAGACGCAGGCCAGCAACGCCAAGGCCAUGAGUGCACAUGCUGAGGCUGUCAAGGCUCUCGUAAAGCCCAAGGAGGUCAAGCCCAAGAUUCCAAAGGGCAGCAGCCAGGAGCUCAGUCGACUUGCCUACAUUGCUCACCCCAAACUCGGGAAAUGCACUCGAGCCGGCAUCACCAAGGGUCUCAGGCUCUGUCGGCCAAAGGCCAAGGACAAGGCUCAGACCAAGGCCGCAGCUUCAGCUUCAGCUUCAGCUUUGGCUCCGGCUCUGGCUCAGGCUCCCAAAGGCUCCCAGUCCCCCACAAAGGCUCCAGAGUAG